AUGUCCAAGAUCAAAAGGUGCCUGAGAAAUCGCCCAGACAAGCAAAUAAACAGGCAAGGUUGUGCCCUACGUGGAGUUCACUGUGGCUCAUGCGUCCAUGUUAACCAUCCUGGCCAUCUCCGUGGAGCGUUACCGGGCCAUCUGUCACCCCCUGACGGCCGCCCACCCUGCAGUCGGGCCCGUGCUGCCGUCGCCUGCUUCCUCGUGUGGGUCCUCGCUACCUCCGUCACCAGCCCGGUGAUCGCCCUGACGGAGUACACCCAUGUACGAUACAUCGAUCAGUCGCUGGUGCCCGUCUGUUACACCCGUGUUGACAUACUGUGGGCCAAGGUGUUCGUGGUGUCAUCGAUGGUGGUGCUAUUCUUCCUGCCUCUGUUGGUGUUGGUGGUGCUGUACUGGAGGAUCGCCAGACAGCUGUUGCUCGAGGACAAACAGCUGUGUAAGGACAAGCCCAAUCCCAACCUCCAGGCUCGUAAACAGGUGGUGGUGAUGCUGGGAACGGUGGUGGUGGUGUUCUUCGUGUGUCUGUUGCCUCACCGAGUCUUCAGUCUCUGGUUCAUCUUCACUACCAAGGAGUCAGAACAGUCCCUCGGUCAGGAGGUGUACUACAACUUGCUGUACGCCUUCAGGAUCCUGGUGUACUUCAACUCAGCCAUCAACCCCGUCCUCUACAACGUCACCUCUUCGAAGUUCCGUGGCGCCUUCUUCAGGUUGGUGGGUGUGCGUCGCGGGGAGCAGGUGAGGUGGUCGGUGCAGCAGACGGCCACCAACAACAGCACCGUCAGCAACACUACACUCACCAGCAGCCUCAACAAGUCUCUCCCUCCCUGGAAGAGCCAGAGACUCUUAGUCCGUUGUAGUUACACCUGCCUGCGGGGCGAGGGAGAGACAUGCCCCCUAGUGGAUCGCCGCCCCGUUAGUCCCGCUGUUUGGGGCAACACUAACCACGCCCACCAACCUCCUAGUCCUGCUACCAGCCCCUUUCUGGCCAGAUCUUCCUGCACCCGCGACGCCGUCAGGCAGAUUGAAAGUUUCGUUUAACCUCAACUCUCCCACGUCCACCCACUGGCAGAUAUUUUUAUCCUGAGCAAGAUUAACCACUCACCAGACAGCAGGCCACCUCGAGUUGUAUAAGUGAUUUAUCUCACAUCCUCUCUCUCAUAACCUUCACUAUCUUUACGUCAUUCACCUCCCUAACUUAAACUAACCUAAACUAAGCGACUUAUUUAAUGUAACUAAAAUUAACCUGCUGUAAGCUAACCCAGAGACGUCAACGCAUGAAUCUGAUACCAAAUUGCUGGCCUCGUGGGUAUGUACUGUACCACAACCUCCUGAACACCUUAACAGUCCAGUCGUUCAGAGACGGAUUCCACAUGUUCAGAUUUAUACGUUAAUAUUAUUCUGAUUAUAUUAUAUGUCCUCGAAUUCCGAGUUAGGGAAAACUUGAUAUAUAAACAUUUGAGAGUCGUAGUUGUGACUGACCAAGACUUACGAUGGUUAAUGUACCUUGAGACACCUUCAUGAGUGUUGUAUCGUGUCAGCGUCCUGCUCAUGGAGGUUGUAAUAAUGGAUGUUGUCUUGCUCGUAUAUCACCUUUAAUACUGAGUCUUAUCCUGCCCACUUCCUGCUCAUGAGGAACUUGUAACACUGUACAUGGGUCGUAUUGUACCAAGUGUGAGACCUAUUAAAAAUGUAUUGUCUUACUGGUGACGUGAUGUGAGGGAUUUGUAUUAUGCGGGUCAUGUCCUGCCCGCGACUUGCUCACAGUGGGGAGAUGGUCCUCAAAUAUAAUGUGUUAUGCUUCUGUAUUUUAAUGGUAUCGCAAAAACUUUACAGAAUAAACAUAUCUCUUGAUGGUGAACAAUUACAAUAACAUUAAAGAAUAAUACUG